AUGACUACCUCCCCUCAAGAAAUACCACAGCCGACCCAAAGCCUUGUGAUAACUGGACGCGUCUGCGACACAAAGUACGUCUUUACCCCGUCUAAUGGCACCGACGUCCGCUAUUAUAUUCUAGCGCCUCCCAAAUACAAGAACAGACGCCAUGCCGACGGUUGGUCUGCUAUUGUCCACGCCGGUGACAACCCAAAAUACCAUUCACUGGCUGAGUCACCGCUAGUUGGAAGAUGCAAGAGAUCGAUGUUUUGGAGGAAGUAUUUUAUUGAAUAUGGUGGAUCUGUGCAGAAGGAUGUUAAGAAAGAUGAAAAGGCAAUUAAAGAGACGAAACUUAAGUGGGAGAAUAGAUUCAGGAAAUGGUUCUGCAUGAGUCCCAAAGAUCUUGUGUGGUCGGAAGAAGAAGAAGCUGCGAUCUCAGACGAAGAAAAGGGUGUUGUUACGGAGGCUACAAAGAUGUUGGAGUUGGAACAUACGGGGCAUAGGAGAUAUGAAUUUGUAGUGGAUGGAAGGACAUACAGGUGGUCAGGGACGAAGAUGCAUGCUGGGAGAUUCAUCAACAAGCUGGGCUUGAAAGGGUUCGCCUUUCAUGUUAAGCUGGUGCGGAUGGAGGAUCAUAAACUCAUCGCUUCGUUUAAAAAAUGCUACCUGGGAAAGAACGGUAGAUUCGGGGAAUUGAACUUUUACGGCAGCGAGCCUGAAACUGGUUUGGAGGAAGUGCUGAUCGUACAGACUGCCUUCUGUGUGACUAGGGCAGAAAAGGAGAAGAGAGACAAGGUACGCGACAUCUUAGAAGAGAUAGGCGAAAACGCUGGGGGUUGA